CUCGUCAACGGUGUCGCAUCCUCCAGUACACGCGUUACCAGAUGCUUGCAUUCAUCCCAUUCCUCGCUCUUGCCUUCGCCGCGGUCGUGCAGGCUAUCGGCUUCUCUCCCAACGUAAACAAGCUUCAUCGUCGUCUGACGGGCCAGAGCGUCGCCUUCGCGUGCUAUGGAGGUGGCGGUGACUGCGAAUGCCCGACGGACUUGACUGGAGACAGCAGCGGCGUACUGAUCAAUGUCUACCCGGGAUACCAGUGCGCAUAUCCCGGCGGCGCUUGCACUUGGAGCGAUAAGACCGGCGCUUUGCAGAACACAGCACAGACAAACUGCCCGACGUCUGCGCCGUGCAGCGCUGUCAGCGGCUGCGAAUGCCCGGUUGACCUCAACGAUGACAGCGGUGUGCUGAUCAACCAGUUCACCGGGUACCAGUGCGCGUACGUUAACGGCGCAUGUACGUGGGACUACCUCGGGAACCUUCAAAACACCGCUCAGACCAACUGCCCCACGGAUUCCCCCUGCGCUCAGCUCGCUGGCGACUCGUAAAGAUCGCGAAACGACCGACAACUAGAAUAGUGCUUACUUACACGCCAAAUCUCGCCCUUCCGGUUGCCGAAUACUUCGACUUUAAACUUUAUACGACAAUUCGCCUUGUUCGAUAGUUAAUUGCUCGGGAAGCGUUCAUUCGCUGCUUGAUAUUUCAUGGUAGUAGCUCUACCAUCACCUCCAUGCUUCUACUUAUGUGCGAAUUCGAAAAAAAAUAAUUGCAUGCGAUAACAUUGUCUAGAUAUGAAGAUCGAAACAGUCAGUUAAUCAGAACAUCUGUAAGAUACCUCCUCCCCUCUGAAUGAAAGGCGUGGAGACAUUUUGAAACGCGAUGAUAAUAUAGCGAUAGUCUGUCGGCCUGUAGCUGCGCGCUUGAAGCUUGCAGCACAGUAAUGAAUAUUUUGGAGACAUCGCGCUGACGAAGCGGAUGGUCUAU